GUGCGCCGGCGACCGGCUCCGAACGUCUCUUCGGCCAUCUUCGUUCGCCGAUCGGGAGCGAAACUAUAAAAGUCGGAGCACGAAAGACCGGCCGGCAGAAGUCAGUCAGAUACGGUCAGAGAAAGUCGUGCAGGUGAAAACACCUCGCCAGCAACAGCGGUUGCCAACACAAGAAAGGAGCCCACACAGCUUCCACAAUCGCAUUAACAGUCAGCUGAUUAUUUAUUCUCUGUUGUGAUAAUAAGUUAAGUGUGUUUAGUAAUAUGGAAGUGCUACCAAUUCAACCUACCCAAUAUCAAAACAUUACCUACUUCGACCCUAGACCUUUCCUGCAGGAAAAGUACAGCGCCCAGGUGGAAUUCCUGUCGAAGAGGUUAGAGGAGGAGAUUCGCGCGGCGAAGAGGACGCAUCUCUCGUGCGGAGAGGUCCUCUUGCCCAACGGACUCCUGCAGAAGGUGUCCAGGGACAUCAUCCGUAUGUCCGAGGGGGAACUGUGCGGGUUGAGGGGAAUGAAUCUGUACCUGCUGUUCGAAGGGGAGGAAGACUGCAGGCGAUUGAGCUUCCUCAAAAUCGACCCCACCACCACCUCCACGUUCGAGGUCUAUCUCACGUUCAAGCAGGCCAACGCCGGCUGGGCGUUCCUGCCGCAAUUCUUGAAAAAAAUAACGCGUGGCGGCACGGUGAUCAUAAGCACGGAAUAUGAGCUAACCAAGAAGAAACUCUACCGGGCACCAGCUGCGAGUGAGUGAGUUUCCUUCGCUUGUCGUGCAGAUAGACUGAAACAAAUUUCCUUCUCACUUUAAAAUUGCGAGUUGAUGAAAAAGAGAGAAACAAAUACGAGAUGAUUUUAUAUUUUUAUAUAUAUUGUGAAAUGAAAAAUCAACAAGCGCAGCGUGAUUUUAGUGUUUAGUUUUUCAACAAACCUCCAGUCGUACUCUACACAUCGAACCGAAAAUCGCGACAGUAAUUUCAAAUUCAACCCGAGCACCUAAGAAUUGAAAAUUACUAACCAAUCACACGAUUACAAAAAAUUUAUUCAUCGUACAAGCCUUCUUGAUACAAACUACAGCGAAUGCUCACUGCGGUGCAUUUGAAGGCGUGGCCUUGUGCAGAGUUUGAGUGGAGAAGUACAUAUAGUUAUUUUUUAACAGUAUUGAUUUAACCCGAAUUCAGAGGGUUGACAUUUCGAACGAAUGGUCCAAUAGCGGUCCUUUAAGGAUUUUGCGAAAGUCAAAGUCCGUGAUUUUCUCAGUGGUGAUAUAUGUAUUAUAGUAAUACAAAACUUGAUAUAAACCGUACCUGCGUACUUAAGAGGGUCAUAUAUCGCAUACAUCUAGCUUUAGUUUCCAAAUUAUUUAUGCUAUUCACAUAUUUACUUUGAUAACUUAAAUAGCUACCCUGGAAAUAAAAAUGCACCCCAUUGCAUUUGGCAGAGUAACUAUUCAUAUCAUCGAAGCAAACAUUUUCAAAUUUUCAGUCCUGGUUGAAUAUCAGAUAAUUUUUCUAAAAGUGAAAUAUCACGAUAUAAAAAAGGGUUUGUACCAGGCCCGCAACAUAUGUGGCGUAUUCCCUCUUAAAUGUUUUCAAGUAUUUUAAAUUUAUUUUAAAAGUACUGCUGAUAGUCAGGAUUACGUGUAAAUAGGCCUUUAUCUUAAGUAUAAGUGUGACAGCGCCUAAGAAAUCGAAAAGCCUCUUAGAAAAGAUCGUUCACAGAAAUUUCUAAAUUUACUGUUUCUUAAGUAACAUUUUUUUUAAAAAUGCAGGAGAUACGAAUUAAAUUUUUUUUGUAAGAAAAUCAAAACCUCUCGAAAAAGAUUUCUCGAGUGCUGUCACCCCAAAAAAAAAUCAAUAAAACCAUUGUGAUUGAAGCUUAUUGACCGCGAUCCUGGCCCGACAUUUUUUAAUUUUUGUUGUGAUAAAUCAUAUAGUAUAUAGCGUUUUUUCUGUGAAAGUAAUAAUUAUAUAUGAUAUGACGUGCAUAAAAUCGUACAAAUUUUUUAAAUUAGACAUGUAUGUUUUUAUUAUGUAUAUGAUUAAGAGGCUAUAACAUAUUAUAUACGGUAGAGAGGUAAGAUAUUUUAUAUUAUUAAGUUUUUAUAAUUGAUGAAAGAAGUUGAAAGAAAACGUGUAGUUUCUAGAGUAGAUCCGCUACUAUGUGUGAUAAUUUCCUUUAAAAAGCGGGCGCGAUAUCUCACAAAUCUCAGCGCCCGUGUAUCUCAUCUCAUGCUUUUUGUAUUAUACGACAGUGAUUGCAAAAUAAAAAACGAUUUUUAUAUGAAACAAA